CUGUUACCUCAAGUUGGCGUGGAGUUCAGUACUAUAGAAGAGGCCUGGAUGUUAUGGGUUACCUUUGGAGGUCAAAACGGCUUUGAGGUUAGAAAAAAGUAUGCAAACAAAAGAAAAUCUGAUGGAAAAGUUAGAUCUUGCAGAUAUGUUUGUGCAAAUGAAGGUCAUAGAGUGCAAGAUAAAAGAGAUCAUCUCACAAAGUGUCCAAGAGCUAAAACUAGAACCGAUUGUCAAGUCCGCAUAGGUCUCAUACUAGAUCGGGAGAAGGGAAUUUAUAAAGUAACUGAUUUGAUUUUGGAACACAAUCACACCCUUCAAUUGCCACAGACCGCACACUUGAUGGUGUCUCAAAGGAAAAUUUCUGAGUUACAAGGUUUUGAAAUUGAAACGGCUGAUGAUGCAGGAAUUGGGCCUAAAGCUGCGCAUGAGUUGGCUUCCAUCCAAGUUGGUGGCUCAGUUAAUCUUAGUUACACUCUUCAAGACCACAAGAACUAUUUAAGGGGCAAGCGUCAAAGAGAGAUGGCAUAUGGUCAAGCAGGAAACAUGCUUAUGUAUUUUCAAGAAAAAAUUGCUGAGAACCCAUCAUUCCAAUAUGCUUUGCAAAUGGACAGGGAAGAACAAAUAGCAAACAUUUUUUGGGCGGAUGCUAAAAUGUUCACUGACUAUGCAUAUUUUGGUGAUGUUGUCAGUUUUGAUACUACUUUUGGAACAAACAAGGAGAGUUGGCCUUUUGGUGUAUUUGUUGGGUUCAAUCACUUUAGGGAAAACAUGGUUUUUGGUGCUAUUCUCAUGUAUGAUGAGACAUUUGAGUCCUUUAAGUGA